AUGCUUAGUGAUUAUGAGAAGCACUUGCUCUGUAUGACCAAGGCAAAAGCUCUGUAUUUCAUGAGCUCCAGUUACUGGAUUCUUUGGGGAUACACUCUGCCAGCUGAAAGUCAAAGAGGCAUUUUAUCGAAAUUCCUGUGCGUGGUAUUGGAAGGCCAAACUGCGGCUUUGGAAAGAGUAAUCGCGAAAUCAAAGGCAGAUCGUAGAAUGUCUAGCGCCGGUCAGGAUGAAGACAAGAAGCCCGGCGAUUCUUCAUCGCACAUCAAUGUAAAAGUCAAGGGCCAGGAUGGGAAUGAAGUCUUCUUUAGGAUCAAGAAAGGCUCCCAACUAAAGAAGCUCAUGACUACUUAUUGUGAUCGGCAAUCAGUGGAUUUGAACGCAAUUGCAUUUCUGUUUGAUGGCCGCCGUCUCCGAGCAGAGCAAACUCCUGAUGAGCUGGAAAUGGAGGAUGGCGAUGAGAUUGAUGCUAUGCUGCACCAGACUGGAGGCUCUGCUGCUGCUUAG